GCAAGACAUGUGUCUCUGGGGAUGAUGCCGUUGCCACUGGUGCCACUCUCCCUGUCGCCAUGACGAUGCCGCUCAGCCCCCUCUCCAGUGACGAGGAGCAGCAAAGGAUGUUGGGAAACAGUCAACACCUUUAUCCAGGGGCGGAGGAGGAGGAGGAGGAAGAGGAAAUGGAUGAUGAUGGCGUGGACGAGGAAGGCGAGGAGGAGAACGGAGAGCUGGAGUUGGAUGACGAAGAGGAUGUGGACGAUGAAGAUAACAUCAGGCGAGGACCAGGGCGUUUGAGAGGAGGCAGGGAAGAGGGGCAAAGGCAAAAAAGCACAAUGGCUGGACGAAUUCCAGGAGACAGACCGCUACGACCCGGCAACCCAGGCCACACGGCCAACCCGUAUUCGUCCAACCCUGGACCCACCCACCAAACGCAGGCUAAUCAGCAGCAACAACAGCGGAAGCUAAGAGAGCGAAGCUCAAGCAAUGCACCUGACGACACGCACAUAGCUAUGAUGGUCUUUCGGAUUGGCAUUCCUGAUAUCAAACAGACGAAGUGUCUGAGGUUCAACCCUGAUACAACCGUAUGGAAGGCAAAGCAGCAGGUGCUGUGUAGUCUAACUGAAUCUCUAAGGGAUGUAUUAAACUAUGGCCUUUUCCAACCUGCUACUGAUGGGCACGAUGCCAAGUUCCUGGAGGAAGAGAGGCCGCUCCGCGAAUACCCACAAUCCUUUGAGAAAGGAGUACCCUACCUGGAGUUCCGCUACAAAACCAGGGUGUACAAACAGACAAAUCUAGAUGAAAAACAGCUGGCCAAACUGCACACAAAGGCCAGUCUGAAGAAGUUUAUGGACUACAUCCAGGCCGGGGCUGGGGAAAAGGUAGCCAAACUUGUAGACAAAGGACUUGACACCAACUACCACGACGCUGAGACAGGAGAGACCCCACUCACUCUGGCUGUACAGACGGAGCCGGGCGGAGGGGAGAUCAUCAGGGUGCUGGUGAUGGGGGGAGCACACAUUGACUUUAGGGCAAAGGAUGGCUUGACCCCUCUCCACAAGGCUGUCAGAGCACAUGCACACACUGCACUACUGACGCUGUUGUCUUUGGGGGCAUCUCCUGAUUAUAAAGACAGCCGUGGGCUGACACCACUUUACCACACUGUGCUGAUAGGGGGCGACACCUCCUGCUGCGAGACCCUCCUCUACCACAGAGCCAAGCUAGGGCUUCGUGAUGAGAAUGGCUGGGACGAAACCCAUCAGGCUUGUCAAAAUGGGAACUCUCAACACUUGGAGCACCUGCUUUUUUAUGGUGCAGACUCCUCAUCCCAGAAUGCCUCCGGAAACACUGCCCUGCACAUAUGUGCUUUAUAUAACAAGGAGAGUUGUGCCCGCAUUCUGCUGUAUCGAGGAGCCAAUAAGGACACAAAGAAUAACAGCGGGCAGACCCCCUUCCAGGUGGCUGUGAUGUCUGGCCAUUUUGAGCUGGGAGAAAUCAUUAAAAACCAUCGUGAAUCAGACGUAGUUCCCUUUUUGGAGUCUCCAAAGUAUGCCCCCCAGAGGAGGGAGAGUUCUCGUACUCUUGGAUUGCCCCAUCCUCAUCCUUUCUUGCGGGCCAACAGUGACAACAGCAUGAAUGUGCCAGACUGGAUCGCUUUUCCCAACGCUGCUGGAUCAAGCCUUGUCUCCGUGCAGGGUCUAAAGCAUGGUGGCACCUUGCGUAGCUCCAGCAGUCCCCGUGGAGCACGAACCCGUUCCCCGUCUCGUGGUCGAACAGGCGACCGAGACGAUCGGAGCCAGCAAACACGAGGAAGACAAGGGGCGGGCUCUAUCAGUAGUCAGGGCACAGCAAGCGGGCAGCGGCGGCGUCUCUACAGUGCCGUGCCUGGCCGUGUGUUUGUGGCCACCCGCUCGCACUCCACCCAGGGGGACCGCGAGAUCAGCUUCAACAAGGGAGACAAAGUCAAAGUGUUGAGUGUGGGUGAAGGAGGAUACUGGGAGGGGACGGUUCGAGGUCGCACGGGCUGGUUCCCCUCUGAUUGCGUGGAGGAGGUGGCUCUCCGCAGCCUGGAGCCUCGUUCAGAGAGCCGCAGUGAGAGAGCCAAGCGACUCUUCCGACAUUAUACUGUUGGAUCCUACGACAGCUUUGACGCGCCCAGUGACUACGUAAUCAAGGAGAAGACAGUCCUCCUGCAGAAAAAAGACAAUGAAGGAUUUGGCUUUGUGCUAAGAGGAGCCAAGGCUCAGACCCCUAUAGAAGAGUUCACUCCCACCCCAGCCUUUCCAGCACUGCAGUACCUUGAGUCUGUUGACGAGGGAGGCGUGGCUUGGAGAGCUGGUCUGCGAAUGGGAGACUUCCUUAUUGAGGUGAAUGGUCAGAAUGUGGUUAAGGUGGGACACAGGCAGGUGGUCAAUAUGAUCAGGCAAGGCGGCAACAGCCUCAUGGUUAAGGUUGUCAUGGUUACCCGAAACCCUGAUAUGGAGGAAGGGGUCAGAAGGAAAAUCCCACAGCAGAGUAAAAGGCUGAGCACACCAGCUAUUGCUCUGCGUUCCAAAUCCAUGACAUCAGAACUGGAAGAGAUGGUGGACAGAGCCUCUGCCCCAUGGAAAAAAAAAUCAGAGUUCGAGUCUUCACAAGCUACAGAGAAGAAGAGGACAGUUUAUCAGAUGGCUUUGAAUAAACUGGAUGAGAUUUUAGCAGCAGCACAGCAGACUAUCAGUACCAAUGAGGCCCCAGGGCCCCGGGUUCAGGGGAUAAAAAGAGAACGGGGCAGAGGCUUUUAUAAUGAGCCAAGUUUUGACCAAGCAGGAAUGGGGAUGACAUCAUCUGGGGCAGGGUUAGGAUACGACCGUGGUCAAUUUAUGUCUGGCCAUGGCCCCCCGCACGGUAUGCUGCGACAGAAGUCCAUCGGGGUUCCAGAGGAAGAGAAGCAGUUCCUUCAUCCUCCAGCCAUGAAGUUUGCCCGCAGUCUUUCAGUACCUGGCCCAGAUGACAUCCCUCCUCCCCCUACUACAGCUCCCCCUGAGCCCCCUUUCUCCUCAGCUCCCCCUCUUGGCUUUAGGGGCAAGACAUCUCAGCAGCCGUCUGUUUCUGUGUCCCAAUCCACUUCCUCUUCUGCACAUUUUCAGCUCUACUCGCAGUCAGUGCAUGUCACUCAUGGACCCAGAGACAGGUCCCCUGGACCACCUGCAGGGUCCGGAACCGGGGACCUCCCUUACUCCCAUGCUCAAGCCCACCCCUCUGUGCCAAGCAGGACUGCCUCCAGGAAGGUGAUUGGGUACACAGGGGACCUUGCAGGGGCUGGAGGAGCACCAGGAGCCAAGGCUGCAGCAUUGAGAAGGGGCUACAGCAAUGCAGUCCCACCCACUAGUGUCGCUACUGUUAUUCCCCAACAGCAGCAGACUACUCAGAGCCAACCUUCCAGGAUGGACCACAGUGUGAUAGGGGCAGGAGCAGGGGCAGGUGGUGUGCUGAAAGGUGGUGCCCGGAGAGGGAAGGGGCCCUUGGUGAAGCAGUCAAAGAUAGAGGAUUUGCGUCAGGGCCAGGGCACACUGGAAGGGAAGGGGUCAGUGGAGAAGAGCUCUAUUCCUAUCCCAACCAUCAUUGUUAAAGCUCCUUCCACCAGCAGCAGUGGACGCAGUAGGAGUGACAGUUCUAAACCCCAACCUGUUGUUCCCCCACCUGCACCCACCGUUCCACCGCCAGCCCCUCCAUCUAGACCUGCUCCACCACCCCCAUCACUGCCAUCACUUCGUACUCAAGAGAGUUUGGACUUUACCAGCCAGUUUGGUGCUGCCAUAGUAGGGGCAGCUCGCAGGGAUCGAGAACGAUUCCAUGAAGCACGACGGAAGAGUGCCUCCUUUUUUCUUUCUGCUGAGGAAGAGUUGGGUGGAGCAGGAGAAGUGGGAGGACGGACCCAGACUUCCCAACAGCAGCUGAGUUCCCAGCCUUCACCACGCCUGCGACCAUCCAAAUCUAUAGAUGAAGGCAUGUUCUCAGGUGAUACUUUUAUCCACCACACACGCAGUAUGCCUCCUGCCUUUGGCCUGCCUGAGUACUCCUCACCUGCUCCUCCUGGGGAUUACCAGCCUAAGUCUGUACCUGCUGACUUCUAUGGGGCGGGAGGCCGACAACAGCAGCAGCAGCAGCAAGCCUCCACCACAACUUUCAUUCACCCAUUAACGGGGAAAGUUCUGGAUCCUUCAUCCCCACUAGGCUUGGCAUUGGCUGCACGGGAACGUGCCUUGAAAGAUGAUGGUCGCAUUCGUAGGGAGAGGACCACUGAACAUCAUUUUAGCCGUCAGUUGUCCAGCAUUGGGGCCUUUCCCUCAUCCACUGCACAACCAACGUCGCACAUCUCCUACUCAAUGGCCUCGUCUUCCUCGGCAACCUCCUCUGCUGCUCAGUCCUCAAGCUCCUCCUCGUACCUAGUUACAUCCUCAUCGCUAGCUGCCACCACCACAUCCACUCGGCCUCCAUCUCCCAGGAUCCUGCGUGGAGCAGGAAGCAGCUGGAGUGAGGAAGCAGGGGGUGGAGAGCCCUUACAGCAGCAGUCCACACAACCAAUGACCCAGCAGCCUCGACGCCCCUCAUUCUUGAGGAUGGAGAGUGAGGCUGGGGCAUAUAUCCUUUCCUUGACCCCACCUUCUCCACCUCCAACAACAGCCCCUACACGUCCUUCAGCAGGUGAAGGUGAAAGUGGCACAAGUCUGAUGGUUCUCCCUCCCCCAGCUCCCUCAAUAGAUGCAGAUGAUGAGUUUGUGUUUGCUGAUCCACUCCCUCCACCUCUGGAGUUUGCCAAUAGUUUUGAUCGUGGUUUGGGUUAUUCUGCAGUGUUGUCUCACAAUGUGACAGCGCGCCAGCAGCUUCAUCCUACACCACCACCUCCCCCACCACCUCCUCCCCCUCCAAAAGACUCCUUUAUGACUGGGUUCCCACCUCACACACCCCUGCCCUCACCGCAGGCAGGUGAUUCCACAACUUCCAGCCUUACUUCCUAUGACAGUGAGGUUGCCAACCUCACCCAGUCAGCCCCGUCUCCCUCUUCAUCUUCCCCCAACCCACUACUGCCUCCCUCCCCCUCCACCUUGCAGCCCUCUGGGCCACCUCCACCUCCUUCUGUAUCACCUCCGCCACCACCCACCUCCUACCAUAGACCGUUUGGCCUAUCUCAGUCACAGCACUUAUAUAACAAUACAAAUUCAGCCGGACGCUCCUCUUCUCCCACACCACCUCCUCUCUCUAUUCCAGCUCCACCUGCCUACCGGGGCCCUCUAGCAGCAACAUCCACCCCAGCAACUUCUGUAUCUCUCAGAGGCGCCUCAACUGUGACCGCAAGCUGUUCCAAAACUGCUUCUACAACUGUAAUCUCUUCUACUACUGCUGCUGCUGCUGUUGUCACACCACAUACACGCUUAGCAACCGUCUCCACAGUAGCUACAGGGGGUAGCAGGCGGCCCAGUGCAGAGCAUCAUCCACCACCAAGUGCUGCUGCAGCUAUGAGUGGUGAGUCCCAGGAGACAGUGGUGGAUUCUGGGAUUGAGGAGCUGGACAGCCGAAGCAGCAGCGACCAUCACUUAGACAACAUCCUUGCACUCAGUGGUAGUGGGGUCAGAGAAAGGUUGGAGAGAGCAGGGAUGAGUAGCAUAGGUGGCGUUGGAGAGAGAGGUAGGGCAACAGAGGCCGACAGAGCAAGUGGGACAGAAUUUCUAGAGUCUUACAUGAGCUAUCUUGAUGGACAGACUUUUGAAAUGCAUAAUGCCAAAGCCGCAAGCACUGCAUCCACCUACCCAAAAACACAGAGGUACAGAGAAGGGAGCCGGGCUGGAGAUCUUCGACACCAAACCAGCACGGCACCCCCUGCAUACCACCAUCGUAGGGAGGAGGAAGAGGAGGAGGAUGAGGCAGAAGAGGGAGAGGAGGAGGAUAUCAAUGCCCGUGAUGGCUAUGGAAUGAGGGAAGGGCCAGGGAUUGCUCGCUCCUCUGUAAUGUACUUUGACCGGCCCCGCACUCCAGAGAUAAAACCGCUGUGGGGUGAUGGGUCGGCCGGAGCAGCGCAGUCCAUAGGGGAGGGAGGGGUCCAGACUGGGGGGACAUAUGUGGAGGCACGUAAACUACAUCCUCCCAUGUCCGGUAUGAAGGCAAGCAUCAUCAAUGAACUAAGCACCAAAUUACACCAGAGGAGCAAAGGAGCAGAGAACUGGGGAGCUCAAAGAUCACUGAGCAGACAUAGGUAUUUGUGUGUUAUCAGUAUAGUUACUCCACCCUCACCUGCCAAUCCUCUUGGGGACCCCUACUUCUCCCCCUCUCCCCCUCUCUUUGCCCCCUCCGGGGCUCCACCUCCUCCAAAUUCCUCUCUGGUGGUCUCUCGCUCCUUGUCCCCAACCCACUUCUUGUCAAGGACAUCAUCCCCACCACUUCACCCCAUUCCUCCCCCCACUUGCCUGAGUUAUCCACACCUCCCUCCUCCUUCACCCACCAAACCCUUCGCCUCCAAACCACUCCUAUACUGGACCAAGUACGAUGUUGCAGAUUGGCUGGGCUACCUGAACCUGGGUGAGCACAGGGAGCGUUUCCUAGACAACGAGAUUGAUGGCACGCACCUGCCCUCUCUAACCAAGGACGACUACCUGGACUUGGGUGUAACCAGGGUUGGACAUCGCAUGAACAUUGAGAGAGCGCUCAGGAGAGUGAUGGACAGGCUGUCUUCUAGCACUUUCCCCAUUUCUGCCCUCUCCUCCCGAGAUGAACGGACAGACAGAAGGAGAGAUGAGGCCAACCGGAGUUGAGAGGACAAGAAAGAUGAGGUGACAACUGCUGCCAUCAGAGAUUAUUCCCUGAAUUAAGAAAAAUGCAGGAAGAGAUGAUUUCAACAUCAAACUGCCGACUCGCAGAUGGAGAGAUACAGGAGAAACAGAGAGCAUUGAAGGCCUGUCGAACUGUGAACAUGCCUGCGCUUACGUGUGUUUCAGUCAACGAAAACAUGAACAUGAACAUUCACAUCCGUACAUAUCAACAUUUAAACAGAACACACUUAGUUUGAGCUUGCAGGCACUCACAAGGUAAUCAAAAUGGAAAUAAAUGAAUCAAAUAGUGGAAUCUAACUCUACCAGAAUACCCAAGAUCAACAAGAGAAGGUAACAUACUACAUACCUGAGCCAAAUAAUUUAAGUAAAACAAUCAAAAUGCUCUUUAGCUUUCCCGUUUUUCUGUAGUUCUUUAGGAAGAGAUAGGGAGAAAGAGAGAUACUGAAACCUCCUUUGCUAUCUUUUUCUUUUUCUCAGAUUUUGAGCUGAGUCUGUAUUACCGGCAAAUAUUUACUAAUUGUCUAAUUUUUAGAGUAGGUUCAAUGGAGACCAAUGCAGGGAGGGCAAGUAAUGACAAACCUCCUGUCUGGCAUGACUAGGGAAGCCCUUAAAAUAGAGGUCAGUUAUUUGGUAAGACUGUGUUUAUGCUUGGGUUCCUGUUGUUUGUGUGUGAGUGUGUGUGUGCGCAUACUUGAUAAUGUGAAAGGUUAUCACUAGAGGCAUGACAGUGAUUUGUUAUGUGAUUUACCUCACCAAUGGAGGGAUUCUAUUUUGCAGAAGCCAGAUUGGGGCUUGUGCUUAUCUUGUAUUUCACUAGAACUUCUUUACCUUCUCAUGUCUUAUAAUGAAAUAAUAUACAUACAUACAUAUAUAUAUAUAUAUAUAUAUAUAUAUACACAGACUGGUCACUGUAUUACAAAUCCGUAGCAAAAAUAAGUGCCCAGACCAACAUAACAGACUCAGAAGCACUCUACCACUUACACACAUGCACUCAGUACAUUCUCAGCCUACUGAUAGCAACAUACACAAACGUACAACAACACCUGUUGAUGACGAUACACUCAUCUCUUUUAUUUAUAUAACACAUAAUGGGACACAGUGAAAUAUCUAUGUAUGGAUACAAGAUGAACAUAAUGUUAUAACGCAAAAAAAAUAUUUUAAAGGAAGAUGAU